GGUGCUGCCUUGAAGUAUUUGCCAAGCAUAAUUAAUGAUGUCAAACUAGUCUUUGAUCCAGUGGAACUCAGCGUCCUUUUUAGCAAAUUUAUUCAAAGCAUCCCUGAUAAUCAGCUUGUCCGUCAGAAGCUCAAUUGUAUGACCAAGAUUGUGGACAGUGACCUCUUCCGUCAGUCUGAAUGCCGUGACAUUCUUCUCCCCCUGCUGGUAGACCAGCUCAGUGGACAACUGGAUGAUAACUCUCACAAACCUGACCAUGAAGCCUGCUCACAGCUGCUUAGCAAUAUUCUUGAGGUACUCGAUCGGAAAGAGGUGGGUCCAACUGCGGAUCACAUACAGUUGAUCAUGGAACGGCUGCUAAGGAGGAUAAACCGGACUGUGAUUGGAAUGGGAAGGCAGGCUACACACAUUGGAAGUUUUGUAUCCUGCAUGACAGCCACCUUGAGACAGAUGGAUGAUUCCCAUUAUAAUUACUACAUCAGCACUUUCAAAACCAGACAGGAUCUUAUUCUAUGGAAUAAUUACUUCCAUUUGGCAGUGGCCUUUCUUACUCAUGAAUCCCUUCAACUGGAGACUUUCUCUCAGGCUAAACGGAGCAAGAUAAUGAAGAAAUAUGGAGAUAUGAGGAAGGAAAUUGGCUUCCAGAUAAGGGACAUGUGGUACAACCUUGGACCUCAUAAGAUCAAGUUCAUCCCUUCUAUGGUGGGCCCCAUCCUGGAAGUGACCUUGACGCCAGAGCCUGAGCUGCGGAAAGCAACCAUCCCUAUCUUUUUCGACAUGAUGCAAUGCGAAUUCAACUUCAGUGGGGGCAGAAAUUUCCGUAUGAUGUGGGAGAAAGCCAUCCAGCUAAGCAAAGAAUUGGCUGACAUGUACGAGAACAAAGUCUUUGACUAUGAGAGCCUGGGCAAUCUCCUGAAAAAACGGGCCACCUUCUAUGAGAACAUCAUGAAAGCAAUGAGGCCUCAACCAGAAUAUUUUGCUGUUGGAUAUUUUGGCCAUGGAUUUCCUUCCUUCCUUCGGCCUUCCUCACUGACGGAGAGAAAGCAGAGCAGGUCCGGUUCAGUGGUUUUGCCAUACAUCAUGUCCUCCACAUUGAGAAGGCUGUCAGUUACUUCUGUCACUUCUUCAGUUGGAUCUACUUCAUCUACAUCAUCUGACAGCGUUUCCUCCAGACCAGGAUCUGAUGGAUCUAUUCUUGAGCCACUGGUGGAAAGGAGAAGUUCGGCAGCCUCUAGGAUGGAAGAGCAGCCUGCCAAAGAUGAUGCAGACAACCGGGCUAAUAAAUUCCGUCGGAAAGACUGGAGUCUCAGUAAAUCUCAGGUUAUUGCCGAGAAGGAGCCAGAAGCUGAGUUGGCUUUCAAAACGAACGCAGCAGGAAAAGCACCGAGGCCAAAGAGCCUGCAACUGGGAGAGAGCAAACUGACUCUGCAUCAGAACUCAUCGCUUCACCAAGCUGGAGCACUCAGCCCACCACCAAUCACUCCCAAAACACCGAGAACUCAAA